CAAAUGCCGCAUGCUGGCUCGUGUUUGUGUAGCAACCCAGAAGACAUAGCUACACUGCCUGUUCUGACAUCAGAAGCACUACAUAUUUUUCUUGAAAUAGGAGCAAGAAAAAGGAGAAUGGCGACAGAAGUGAAACCGUCCACACGUUACCAGCCAGCUGACUGGUUUACGUCAAACUAUGCCAUUUCCACUAAUGCUGAACGCCAGCGCGACGCUUCUCAUCAGGUCAGACAGGAGGCCCGUCAUCUUAGGAAUGAAACCGACAACAAGACAAAAUGGGACCAGUAUGACAACACAACCAGAUUAGCUGAUCGCAUUGAUGACAUCAGGAAGUGGAAGGAAAUUCUUGAGAGGAGUCUUGCCGAUAUUGAUCAAGAGAUCUCGGACUUGUCUGAAGCUAAGGAGGAGGCAGAACGAUCUUUAGCGGCCACCAAUACACCUCUAGAAGUAACUGUUGAAUGUCUGACACUGAGGGAUGGACGACAGAAGAUCGACUUGGUACAAGAUGGUGUGGAGGCUGAAUUACAUCAGGAACAUUCUGUGAUCAAAGGUAUUAGGAAACAGCUUCAACAGAGGGUAGAUGAAAGCUUUGAACAACUCUGUCUCCUCCAGGAAGCCCGCCAACAAAUUGUAGCCGAUCUCCAAGAUAAGAACAUUGCCCUCGGUAUCGAUAUAGAUCAGUACAAUCUGACAGAAAAGUCUCCCGGAAUCAGUUAUAAACCAGAUCCAUGCAGAGUGCCAAAGGGGAGUUGUACACCACAGAACUGGGAAGACUUUAGCCGAUACAACAAGGAACGUGCCGAUGCCGAGAUGAGGUCAUCCACCCGCCUCCGUGAAGCUAUCCACCACACCCUACAUCAGACGGACAAUGACCUUGCCGCUCAAAAUAACGCCACAGACUACGCUACCAGGAAGAGGCAGCAUGAGAUGAAGAAGGCUCGUGAUGAAGAUGAAUGGCAGAAGAAAAAUAUGGAAGACGAGAUUGCCCAGCUAGAGGCUGAUAUCAGAGCAGUGGAGGAGGCGAUCCGUGCCAAGAUUGCACCAAUGAAACUUGCCCAGACCAGGCUUGAGAACCGCACAUACCGACCAAAUGUUGAACUGUGCCGUGAUGCUCCACAGUACGGUCUGACCGAUGAAGUCAAGCAAUUAGAGGCAACCAAGGCUGCCCUGGUAGAGAAACAUAAGCAGGCUAGACAUGCCCUGGACUGCCUUGAGAAACAACUUCACAACAUCAACGAUGACUUGGCCUUGAAAAAUAACUCACUCAUGCUUGACAAUCGCUGCAUGGAUGUACGAGGAAAACUCAAACCCAGUCCGCUAUCAACCACUGAUAAAAAUCUUGCACUCACGGGAAUGUCAAGGGAAAGUUCAAAAGUUCUGGCAUAAACUUUCAAUUUAGGACUUGAGAAGUGAGAUUAGUGUCUAGCAAGGACGCUGUGAAAGGGUCACAUGACAUAUCGUCUAAAGUAAACCUGGGUUACACAAAAUAUCAAUAUUUUUCAUUCGUUAUUUUCGAAACUAUUUCUCAAAAUAGGAUCACAGUGUUUUAGGAUCAUCAUGGAAAUAAAUUGCGACUCUUUAGGUGUGACAACAGGUAUCGCUGUUUUCAUGUUGGACACAUGUAUUGUAUUGUAAAUAAUGUUUUGUAUAAAGUAUUGUCUUUUUCACAAGUGAGUGGAUAUUUGGUGUGACCUUCUGUUGCCACCAAUUCAUACCUAUCAAGAUCACGAUAUUUGAGGUGAUGGACAACACUUAGAGUAUCUAAAGUUCAGCCCCCUGGGUGGCCUAUUGAAGAGUGAGUUUUUGAUGACUCUUUAUACUCAUUUUUGAAUUCAUCCCCACAAUAGAGCCUUGUCGGAUUGGCUCAAUUCUGAUGAGGACCCCGGGGAUGCAGAAUUAGGGACUUUUGAUUGGACAAUCCAACAGAACCAACCCCACUUUUUUGCUUCCAGAAAUCCCUGAAUGGUUAACCUUUUGCUGUCAGUAUGUCGUGACUUUCGAUACGUAUGUGAUUGUCAAUCUUAUUCCGUCCAAUUCUCUACAAGGAGUCACCAAUCUGAUUUAAGUCAGAUAAACCCACUACUUGUUAUUCCUUGUAAAUACAAUGAAGUACUUGAAUCUGUGAUAUUUUCAGUGGUAGAAAUGUUUUUUAGUGAAUUUGUGUGAAAUACAAUCUAAAAUGUCUAAUUCUUCUCUAUACAUGAUGCUGUUUUUGCUUGUAAAAACUGGCCGCCACAUACAUGUAUUAAGUGCACAAAAUAAAUAUCAUAAUACAAUGG